GUGCAGAGGGCGAGCGAGCAAACAAAUGAUUGCUGCUCCGGGUGACUGUUAGGCAUUGCAUGGGAAUUUACAUGGGCCAGCGCGUCAUACCCAGGGUCCGGCCAAUCGAGACGGCGGCUAGUUCCGGGCGGUCAUGGGCGCCGCGUUGGAGCUUCACAUCGCGAACGACACCAUCGGCCAUCGACCUCGCCCACGCACAUCUCCACCCACAUCAUGGUCAAGACACUCGUCGGCGCCCUCGCUCUGGCAGCGCUGCCCUCGGCCCUCGCCUUCCGCAACACGUCGCCCUUCUUCCUCUUCUCCACCGCCGACCUGCUAAUCCCCAACAACGACGCCGUCAUCGCCGAGUCAUCAGAAAUCACGGCCGACGUCCUCAAGGCCCUCGAACACUGUCCCACCAGGUCCUACGUCGUCGUUGAGCAAAGGGGAGUCUCCGCCGCCGACUAUGCAGACGGCCGCGCCGCGCCACAGCUGAGCCGCUACAUGGCUGGCCACCACGAUCAAGUCAAGUCGACUGUCGCGAUCCCAGAUGUUGUCGGAAAUGUCGAUGCCGCAGCCAUCACCCAACAUCUCGUCUCCAAGUGCGGACAGGGCUUCAAUGACGACGAUACAUGGUUCGCCAGGCAGACUUUGAAAGACCCAUCGACUUCACACGCGCUUCGCAUCGAGCAGCUCCAGUCUGAUGAUGCCACGCUCGAGAACUUCAUCGUCAACGACGCCAAGUCCCAGGACUACACCGUAAUCUACAUCACCACUCCUCAGACCGAGGCGCAAGCCAAGGAGACGCUCGAGCACUACACAUACGAGAUGGACGCAUCCUUCCCAGAGUCUGUGCAGAUGGAGCUGAAGCGCGAUCUUUCUUCGCAUGCCAAGAGGGCAAACUCGACUGAAGGUGGUCUUUUCGAGAAGUAUCAGUACUUCACACCCGGACUCUUCAUGGGCUUCGCUGCCAUCAUCCCCUUGUUUCUCAUCCUUCUGGUCGGCAUCCGAGCCCUUACCAGUCUCGAGGUUUCAUACUUUGCCUUUAGCAAGGAGAUGGGCCCCAACGCGCAGAAGAAGCAGUAGACGUCUUUCGAAUGCAUCAUGGAAUUUGUUGGCGCGCAAUGUAUAUCUUGUAAGUUAGUAGGCAUGAGGAACCGGCGUUCAUGUGGCUUUGGGUCUGUAGCGAAAUACCAACAUUGUAGUACCCAG